AGGUUAACAUGACUUAUGCCCGAUUCUACAAUGCAAGUAUAAAAGCCAGUAUAAUUAUUCUACUGAUAACCUAUACCCCGAUUUAUUCCAAGUAUAACUGGUUGUCGGUUUUACAAUCGUUUUUUAUAAUCGGUAUAGUUAUUCCAAGUAUAUCUCCUUGGUAGUUCCAAUGAACUAGCAUUUUGACAUUUGACAUUUUGAAAGGCGGAUAUUAUCUGUGGUAUUAUACACUAUAACCUGACUUUCAGCUCUGUUUUCAGUAACGUUUUAGUGGUUUUCAUGGGUAGUUCUUUAUCUUUAGCGGUCAGAGUAGCGGUUUCAUUUCAUUUUUGUUUCUUGAGUGUGUGGUUUGCGAGCGAAAGCUAAUAUAAGUAUGGAGAAAAAACGGUGUAAUAAUUUUACAGCCGACGAGACUGAAGUUUUACUGAGCUUAGUGGAGGAAUCUCAGCUUAUUGUAGGCAAGUGCAGCAUAUUGAUUUCUUUAUAAAGGACAUCCGGUAUACCGGACAUCCUUUGGAAUUGUAUUUUCAUAUUACUUAUUUUAUAGAAUGCAAGAAGACAGAUACGAUUAACAACAGCAGAAAAGAGCUAGAAUGGAAGAAGAUUGAGACUAAAUUUAAUUCGAUGUGUGCAACAGCACGAACUUCUAAAAUGCUACGUAGCAAGUGGGAUUCUCUAAAAAAAACCACCAAAAAGGAAUAUGGAGAGUACAAGCAAAGUUUAUAUAAGACACGUGGUGGACCAGGAAGUUCUGACUUUAAAAUGUCAGGCUAUAUGAAACGUAUUUUGGCUGUAGUUCGGAUUGGGAUGUCUGGCACUUGUUCUAAGUUUGAUUGCGAUUUUGAUUUACCUAACAGUAGUAAUAAGCUACUCACUGAAGACUCUAGCAGCAUUUCCUCUCAGGUCCCUAUUGUACCUACUGAAGUAAUAAGUAAUGAAGAUAUAGCAGCAGAGGAAAUAACUAUAGAUAAAGACAGUUCUGAUGCAGCUGAAAUUAUAAGCUUGAGCAGUUGGCAGACGUGGAAUCCACAGCAGUUGAGGCAGCCGAAAAGUAUCGAGUUGACAGUUCCUGAACCAAAUAAUACUGAUUUAGAAGACACGAAUGAACAGGUGACAAAAACUAUUGGAGUAACCCCAUGCUGCUCUAAUGAUGUCAAAAAAAAGGAGGAGGGUUAGUAAAGUGGAAUCCAUUGGUUCCAAAUUAAAAAAUAAAAGGGCAAUUCAUUUUGAAACACUUCAAGAGGAAUUACUGAAGAAAAAAAUUGCCCUUGUAGAGUUACAAACUCAGGUUCUGCAAGAAGAGAGGGAGCAGAAAAAAGGCCUGAUUGAGGCACAGAUCAAAAUAUUAAGGGAGGAAGCAGAACAAAAAAAAAAUA